CUCUCUCUCGCUCUCUCUCCUCCUCUUCCUCAGCUGUUGGAUGCUGCGUCAGGAGGAGCGAGCUUUCCUCUGGAUGGAGACCGACUGAGGAGCCGCCAGGUCCGGGGUGAAGGAGCGGACAGCGAGGGUGGCCCACGAACGGAAGAAGCCCCUCCAUCACCUAAAAAGGUCUCACCUCAACUCACCCGCGAUUGGAAAACGGUGUGUCUCGAGGAUCGUGCGCAACAUGCACGCUCCCGGGAGUGUCUAGCGAGCGCUCGACUCGGCUGCAGAGAUGGACUUGGUGGGGGCGGAGCGCCGCAGGCCCACGCCGGCUCAGACGCCCGAGGAGAGGGACGUGUGGAGGGAUGGAGUGAGAAGCGGUUGGAGGGACACGGGCAGAGACGGAUGGAGGGAGGGACGAGAGAGCAGCGUGGUGCAGAGCUACAGUUUCGACUCCUACCAGCUGGAGGAGGAGGAGAUGAGCAAAGACGUCCCGGAGAGAGGAGUCCUGGCGCUGUCGGAGACCGACUUUGAGGAGCCGAUCCCUGACGACCGUUACCAUGGCAUCUACUUUGCAAUGCUAUUGGCUGGGGUUGGCUUCCUGCUGCCCUACAACAGCUUCAUCACAGAUGUGGACUACCUUCACCACAAGUUCACUGGGACAUCCAUCGUGUUCGACAUGAGUCUGACGUACAUCCUGGUGGCGCUGCUGGCUGUCAUCCUCAACAACGUGCUGGUGGAGAGACUCAGCAUGCACACCAGGAUCACUGUGGGCUACAUCUUAGCAUUGGGGCCUCUGGUGUUUGUCAGCGUGUUUGACGUGUGGUUGGCCAAGUUCACCACCAGUCAGGCUUAUGUCAUCAACCUGGUCUCAGUGGGAAUUGUCGCCUUUGGAUGCACGGUGCAGCAGUCCAGUUUCUAUGGUUACAUGGGGAUGCUGCCCAAGAGGUACACACAAGGGGUGAUGACCGGAGAGAGCACGGCGGGGGUCAUCAUCUCCUUGUCUCGCAUCUUCACCAAGCUGCUGAUCCCGGACGAGAGGAGGAACACGCUCAUCUUCUUCCUCGUCUCUAUCGCCAUGGAAAUGCUGUGCUUCCUGCUUCACCUGCUCGUGCGACGCUCCAGGUUCAUCCGCUACCACACCGGCCACGCGCAGGGCAAAGGUCAAGGCAAAGGUCACGACCCCCGCAGCAACGGCAGCGGCUACAGGGUCCACCACGACGUCACAGCGGAGGAGGUUAAAUUUGGGAAUGGUGGGAGUGGGCCUCCCACAACAGAAGAGAGCAGCGAGGACUUUGUAGGUGGAACAUAUGUACGAUUUGAUGCCCCAAAAGCCAAAAUAAAGAGAACCUGGCCUGGUGUAAGAGACAUGAUUUUGCACCGUUACGUGGUGUCCCGUGUGAUCUGGGCCUACAUGCUGUCCAUAGCGGUGACCUACAGCAUCACCCUGUGCUUGUUUCCUGGCCUGGAGUCCGAGAUGAGAAACCCCACCUUGGGGGAGUGGCUACCUAUCCUCAUUAUGGCCACAUUCAACAUGGCAGACUUUGUUGGCAAGAUCCUAGCAGCGCUGCCAUACGACUGGUCCGGAGGUCGUCUGCUCUUCUUCUCCUGCCUUAGAGUGGUCUUCAUCCCACUCUUCAUCAUGUGUGUGUACCCUGCAUACGCACCCACCCUGGCCCACCCCGCCUGGCCGUGUCUCUUCUCCUUACUCAUGGGCGUCACCAACGGCUAUUUUGGUUCUGUGCCCAUGAUACAAGCCGCAGGCAAAGUGGCGCCCGAACAGAGGGAGCUAGCAGGGAACGUGAUGACCGUGUCCUACAUGACAGGCUUGAUGGUGGGCUCCGCUGUGGCGUACGCGGCGUACAGCUUCACCGCUCCACCUGGACCAGGCUUCUCCACGCUCAACGCUAACAUGACCAGCUUUUGAAUGUCCUCACGUGGUAAAAUAAGCAAAAACAUGCAACACGAGCAGCAUUUUGAAGAAAACAAUGUAGCAUAUCUCGCCACUCCUCCCAUUCAAAUGUUGGGACGUGAUGAACUUUAACCCUGAACUCUUCAGUGGUCAUCCUUUGGAGUGUUUCACUGUGAAAUGAUUCUGUGUGUGUGUGUGUGUGUGUGUGUGUGUGUGUGUGUGCGUGCGUGCAACUGGCAUUGAUACGAGUCACUUUCAUGUGUAGCUGCAGGAUUCACACGUCCGCUAAAUGCCGCUAAAACCGCGGAGAAACAAAACGGUUGGACUUGAACUUAUUGAACCCAAUGUACAAACGUUCAAUAUCUGAAAACAAGGACCGCUUGCAGUUUGACAAACUGUGCAAAUAAAUAGAAUUUGCAAUGAGGGUUGAAUGUAAGUUGGCACGCAAUGUCAGAUAGAAACAGUCUAUUUCAACCAUCGAAAUAAUAUUCAUGAUACUUAGAGGCCACAACUGAAAAAGGUUUAAAUCCAAACAGUACAAAAAGUAAGUUUGUCUUAUUUAUGUGCUCAAUUGUUGCAUUUUGAAGUAAAUAUGUUUGUUAUUAUAUUACUUCUUCAUCAGUAAGUUGUAAUGAUCGACAUCUGCUGCUGAGUGUUCUUUGUAUUGUCAUGUAUUGUGACUUCUUUGGCUCCCCCUAGUGGCCGUAUAUGGAAGUGAUAUUCGGAGGUGGAGAGCUGAGCGUCACACAAAUUCAGCUCUCUUUUUGUUUGUUUUUAGUUUUGGGUUAAAAUAAUUAUAGUGCCAAAAGCUCUAUCGUAUUAAAUGAAAAAAGAAUGAAUGUAAAAUCAUGGCUGAAAGGUAUAUACGUAUCAUUUAUAAAUGAUUGAUAUGUCCUGUUAAUGCUAAUGUGUCCUGUUGUAUUUGAUUCAUUUUUAAAAUAACCUCAUGGAGCAGUGACGUAAGUGCAGUUUAUACAUAAUGCAGGAGAGUGGAAGCCAUCAAGUGCACUACAUUAUGUGGAGGCCAGCUUGAGUGGACCCAAAGUCACUUUUACCCCACUGUGCUGAUUGAUGACUGUGCCCCAUAUGCCUUUUUCAAUGUUCAAAUGUAUAGUACAUUGUUAAAUAUAUUGUGGUUCGAUAGGUUCUGAUCAUCACUUGGUUGUCACCUUCGUCUAUUUCAGCCAAGUAUGGGCACAGGAAGGAGCCAACCAUCAAAAAGGACACAAGUUAAUACAAUAUGUUUUAAAAAUACAUGUAUUUAGACAGUUUCAAAACAAAUACUGCUGAAUCCAAAGUUUCCUCUGAAUUAAAGUUCUCUUAUGGAAGAUGUGCUGAUUUGAUGUUCUAUUUAUUCUGUUCUUGAGAGCACUUUUGAAUAUUUGUGGGACAUUUGUGGAAAGAGACCGAGUCUUACAUACGUUUUAC